CCAGCUGGAGUACCUAUGAUGGCAAUGCAGAAGGCUGCAGGCGAAACCCUUCUAGAGAGAAAGAGGAGGGAGCAGAGAGAGAUGUAUGAGCUGAAGCUUGCUGAAUGGAGUGCCAGACUUCAUGUAACAGAAGGACUCAUUGGUGAAGUGGACAGUAAAAUAGAGGAGAAUUCAACAGAGUCAGACCUGGAAACAAUUGAGGAACUUUUAAACCUACCAAGAAAUCAAGAACUACCUUGGGACUCUGGCAAGAAAUAAAGCCAGUUACAUCAGAAAUGAAGCCGGUUACAUGGGGCUGUUAAAUUUUAUGACAAGUGGAGUCUGUCAUAACACUGUCAAGACACAGUACAGUUUUGAUAAACAGAUGUCACACAGGCACUCAUUCAUAGCACACAACCUGACGAUGACUAACAACUCAUUCUUUUGAAGUCAUAUGCUGAUUGAAAGCAUUAGAUAGUUAAUUUGUAUUUUUUUAUUUUUUAAAUCCAGGACUUUAAAAGGAUAAAUCCCAAGUAUGGAAGAGUGUAACCAGAUGAGGUCCAUGACUUCUAGGAAAACAUUAUAUGGUCUACAGAGAAAGACAUGACAUAUCUUAACUUUGUGAGAUAGCAUCAACGUCCUCCCUCUCAAAUAUUCUCCUGAAAUUAAAUUACUAAAACUGGAAAACCCUACGAGAGACUUUAAGAUUGUCCUGGAACAAAAAAAGAACAAUGUUUGCAGUGAAAGAUUAAAAAAGAUACAACGGGCAGCAUGGAAGUUUACUGAUGAAGGUGUGAGUUUGACCAAGUCCUCAAUGGCAUCUUCUGUUUACCCUGUCUUUUUAAAAUACAACAGGCAUGUCAUUUUAAUUAUAGAUUGGCACUGCAAUAAAAUGCCGUCAAAAUUCUGAUAUUGAAAUCUAAUGGGACUAUUGUAAUGGAAGUUUGCACAACUAAACCAACAAGAAGGAAUCUAUACGGUGAUUCAGUUGGCCAAAUAAAUCGCACUUUUAGGGUUGGUAUUCUCAUAAUGUUAUAGUGAAAGUAAUUGGAAGUAGGUUUUGAAUGUUGAUUUUUACUGAUGACUCAAAGCUGUGGUUGGGUCACCAACAUCUCUUCCAACAGAAUCUGCCGUUUCAAGCAGUGCUUGGACAGGUAUCCGAACAAACAUAUAUCCAGCCUGUAUGUUGCUCUAAUUUCUCUAGGCAUUUGACAAAUAAUGCCUUUUGUUUGUACUUACAGAACAUCAUAUAUUGCUUGAUGAUGUGUACAAGGUAUAUAAAUAGUAUAACCCAUGAAAUUAGUUGUAUGGUGAAAUGAAAGCCAAUAGCAGUAAUAACAGGCUUGCAAACAGAUUUCUUCAUCUUAAAAAGCAGGCAGAUUAAAAAGAACAAUGUCCCCUAAACUGAGGCUGUUUUGAAAAGACAGCAGGUGCUUUUUAUAUGUGAUUGUUUCUAAUCACGUCACAUGUUAUUAAUAAGCUGGGAGAAUGUAACCAAAGUUACUUCAUUUCACCAAGGUGUUUGGUUUGGAACAACACCUACAUCUAUGGAACAUUCUAAUGUGUUUGCUUGUGUGUAAAUCCCUCAACAGUUCUACUCUCAUUACUGAAUAAUCAUUGAGGAAAGACUGGCUUAACUAUUGGACACCCUGCAUGCUAUACUAUCACAGCAUUCUAGUACACUGCAAUUGAAGAUAUAUACUGUAGGCUUGCACAGUAACAAACUUCAAAAACAGAUAACUUGUCAGAUGCAGUACCUGUGGGCCUGUAUCAAAGUAUUACUCUAAUCUAUAAAAUUUGAAACACCUGUUAAUUUUCCAAAUAAAGAGUAGUUUAAUUUAUGUUUUAAACACUAUUUAAAUUUAAGCUUGACUUUUACUCUUUGAAGUACACUGGAGUAUAGCAUCUUACUUUCAGCAGCUGUUUGAGGACCUGUUUGAUAUUUUGGAUCUGUGAGACCACUCUGUAAAAAGUAUCCCUUCACUUGCCAAUUUUAAAUCCAAUAUUGAGAAAAUUAAUCAAUCGUGAAAAACGUACAUGUAUUAAG